AUGGGGAACACGCACAGCAGGGGCACCAUGUCGGACAAUAUCAAGGACGUUUCCAUGGUAGACGUAAGUUCUGCUGAAGAAAGCGAUAAAAGAGGCUCUCAAAGAGCUAUCGUGCAAAGCUUCUCGAAGCUAGACAUAGGAGACCACGGCGGGUCGCAGCCGCCUUUGUUGCGGCGGAGAUCGACGCUGAUUUUCGACGACGAGGACGAGAUUCCCAGACAUGAAGAAAAUGUGGGGCAUCAGUCCGAAAUAGACGGAUUGGAAGAGCCUUUCUCAGGGUCUUCGUCCUCCGCUUCUGUGCACGACAAUCGAACUCCUGUCAGAGGCAGCGAUAUAGUGCUACAGCAGCAGCAGCAGCAGCAACAACAACAACAACAACAAAAUCAACAGAAGCAGCAGCAGCAGCAGGAAUCUGCUGACAAGUCUUCCAUCCAACAACACCAAUCUCAACAAGGGUUUCAACAGCAGCAAUUUCAAGAGCAAACGCCUGCACACACUCCUCCUCAGCAAACCCCAGAAACUGCCUCUAGGAGUGGUAGUGAACCUCCAGGAGAAAACCCUAAAGCUAUGGUUCCGGUCGAGAUUACAUGGCAACAGGGGGGAUCCAAAAUAUACGUGACAGGAUCCUUCACUGGCUGGCGGAAAAUGAUAGGUCUGGUACCAGUAUCGGGGCAGCCGGGUCUUUUCCAUAUCAAACUACAGCUGCCUCCAGGAACUCAUCGGUUUAGGUUCAUCGUCGACAAUGAGCUGCGAUUCAGCGACUACAUGCCCACGGCAACGGACCAGAUGGGCAAUUUCGUCAACUAUCUCGAGAUCGCGUCGCCGCAAGAGUCUCAAGACCAAUUACAGCAACAGCAACAGCAACAACAGCAACAACCACCACUUCAGGAUAACAGUCGAGAUGGCGAAGUCCAACAAGCGCCCCUGCAGGGCCAACAACAACAUCACCAGGCAUCCCCACAGCCUCUUGCACCUGCAGAUGGGAAAGUGCGCGAUAAGCACGUAGCCUCAGAGCCUCUCAGUGCACGUUCGAAACUGGCACUACAAAUUGAAGAAGAACCCGAUGAUAUGGGCGACGGCUACAGCCGGUUCCACGGUGCCCAUGAAUCUGGUCCUCUCUACAGCUACAUAACGGACAUUCCAGCCGUUUUCACAGACUCCUCGGUCAUGGAACAGUACUACCUCACACUCGAUCAGCAGCAGAGCAAUCAACAGAGCAUGGCAUGGCUGACACCUCCGCAGCUGCCUCCUCACCUCGAGAAUGUGAUUCUCAACAACUAUUCGAGCUCAUCGGAGCCCGGCGAUUCUGGCAGUGAGAAUAACUCGGGCGCUUUGCCUAUUCCCAAUCAUGUGGUCCUGAAUCACCUGGCCACCAGCAGCAUCAAACAUAACACGUUGUGCGUUGCCAGCAUUGUUAGAUACAAGCGCAAGUACGCCACUCAGAUGCUUUACUCGCCCUUACAAUGA